ACCACUAUAAGUAAUGGCCCUGAUCCCCUGCAUUCAUUACCUCGGCCUCUUGCAUUCUCUCCGAUUGAUCCGAACAUAAGGCAACCAGAUUCAGAAACAGCCAUGUCUGCAUUGCCGAAUUCAACUCCUACAUAUGAAAAUGAGGAACAAGGGACUCUAGAUUUUAAACUACUUAAUGCGGUGUACGAUAGGUACGGAGGAGUCGUCGUUGAAGUGACUCGAGCUAUGGACUCUGCCCUCUUUGCUUCUCUUCUUCGAGCUUCAAUCGAGCAGUGGCGGCACCAGGGUAAACGAGGUGUGUGGAUCAAGUUGCCUAUUCAGCACGUUAAUCUUGUUGAAGCUGCUGUCAAGGAAGGAUGUUGGUACCACCAUGCUGAGCCAAAUUAUUUGAUGCUUGUUUAUUGGAUCCCUCAAGGGCCACACACUCUUCCGGCAAACGCCUCCCAUCGAAUCAGCAUUGGCGCUUUCGUAACGAACGAAAACCAAGAGGUUCUAGUGGUUCAAGAGAACACUGGAAGGUUUCGAGGGACCGGCGAGUGGAAGUUCCCUACGGGAGUAGUGAACGAGGGUGAAGAUCUCUGUGCAGCUGCAGUUAGAGAAGUCAAAGAAAAGACGACUAUCAACACAAAAUUCAUUCAAGUACUAGCUUUCGGACAAAGCCACAAGGUAUUAUUCGAAAAGUCGGAUAUAUUCUUCCUGUGCCUGUUGGAACCACUUUCUUCCGAAAUCCAGAAGCAGGAAUCUGAGAUAGAGGCAGCUAAGUGGAUGCCAUUCGAAGAAUAUGCAGCGCAGCCGUUCGUCCAGAAACACGAGCUCUUUAAGUUCAGUGUCGACAUAUGCUUAGCAAAGAAAGACGGGAACUAUUCUGGCUUCUGCCCCGUGCCAACCUCAACUGCAUUCUCCGACGAAAAGAACUACAUGUACUUCAAUACUCAUGACCUCAAUGGCCAGUAUGGCUCCUAAAAUUCUAUGGCACUUAUAGAAUUCAAAAAUCGAAAUUCUUUGAUUCAGAUCAUGUCACAGCCACCACUGAAUAAAGAUUCAUUAGUUGUUAUAAAUUUCUUUUAUUUGAUUCAA